CGUCGACAGUCGUGCACGCGUCCCGAUGCCAACUCGACGCGUCUCCAACGCACACUUGUUCAUUUCGCGGUCGCUUAAUCGGCGCUUUAUCAGUGCGUUCGAGUUUCGCUAUCACGUUAUUUCCUGUGCUUGUAUAUUUGUGUAAUUAGUGGUUUUGUGUCGUUUUUCCUUCAAUAAUCCCUCUUCCAGGUUGUUUAUCGUCGCCUACAUUCCUGUUUAUCCCAGUGUCGAGAGAAUGAUAUCCGUGCUUUGUCCAGUGGCGGAGUGUAGUGUUUUGUGUUCCCGCGGGAUCGUCCCGGCCUAGAAGAAAACCAACUUCGCGGCCAUGUUGUUCGCCGGAGCUUAGACACAACUAAAGAAAUUGAUGAUGCAGAAGCGCGACAUCGUCCUGACGGCCGUCUUCUCCAGCUUAGCUGCCUUGAUUCUGUUGGCGGGCAUCGGCGCCGCCUGCUAUUUCUUCCAUAAGCGUCGUCGUAAGCGCGACGACGACGACGACGAGGAUUCCCCUGAUGCAAACUGUAGCCGUAUCGAAGCAGGCCAUGAGAAAAAAUCGCGUCUCAACGGUUUUCUCAGCUUGAAAACGCCACUCAUAUCGACGAAAACUCUUGGAGAGUUUUUCACUGUUGCGCGAACCGGCGUCCAAAAAAUUUUCAGAGCGCAGUUAGAGACGACAGGAAGUCCACAGGCGAAGUCGCCGGCUGGGAGCAGCGCAGGAGCACUGCCCUCAGAAGCUCGUACGCCCACGGCUCCCGCCAACAAGGCCCUUCAAAAUGUCAAAGGGGACCAUCCAUCGGUAAGCCAGGAUAUGGCUUUCCUGCAAAACCGUUCGAUCUCGCUGGUGGACAUGUACAUCGACAAUUCUGAACCUUCGGAAAACGUCGGCCAGAUACACUUCUCGCUCGAGUACGACUUCCAGAAUACGACUCUCAUCCUCAGGAUAAUCCAGGGCAAGGACUUACCCGCCAAGGAUUUAUCCGGAACCAGCGAUCCCUACGUUCGCGUGACGCUCCUCCCGGACAAGAAGCACCGUUUAGAGACGAAGAUCAAAAGACGCACACUCAACCCACGCUGGAACGAAACGUUCUAUUUCGAAGGAUUCCCCAUCCAGAAGUUGCAGUCGAGAGUGUUGCAUUUGCACGUCUUCGAUUACGACCGCUUCUCGAGGGAUGAUUCCAUCGGAGAGGUGUUUCUGCCCCUUUGUCAGGUGGAUCUGAGUGAGAAGCCGUCGUUCUGGAAAGCGCUCAAACCUCCAGCAAAAGACAAAUGUGGCGAACUUCUAACCUCUUUGUGUUACCACCCCAGCAACAGCAUUCUCACGUUGACAUUGCUCAAAGCGAGGAAUCUCAAAGCUAAAGAUAUCAAUGGAAAAUCUGAUCCCUACGUUAAAGUGUGGCUACAAUUCGGUGAUAAACGCAUCGAAAAACGCAAAACGGCAAUCUACAAGUGUACUCUCAAUCCCGUUUUCAAUGACACGUUCUCGUUCAACGUGCCCUGGGAGAAGAUCAGGGAGUGCUCGUUGGAUGUUAUGGUCAUGGAUUUCGAUAAUAUCGGGAGGAAUGAGCUCAUUGGGAGAAUUCUGCUAGCAGGUAAGAACGGCUCAGGGGCGUCCGAGACCAAGCACUGGCAGGACAUGAUAACGAAACCUCGACAGACCAUCGUCCAGUGGCACCGACUCAAACCGGAAUAAGGGGGCAACAAAACGGCACAAAACCGAUCAACCAACACACAAAGUUUCGUUAUUAAAAAAAAACCAUUCGUUGCAUCGAAUGACAAUAAAAAUAAAUCGGCGGCCAUUUUGUUGUCACAAGCACAAACCGGCAUGUUGUCGUAAAAAAAUAAAAAAAAAUAAGAAAAAAUUAUUUUUAAGAGGGACAAACGACAAGUAUUUUUUGUGAUACCUUAAAAUGUAGCGUUAAUACUGUUGUACAUGUGAAUAUUACUAGUCUAGGUCGAGUGCGUGCCGCCUCGACCAGAUGGCGCCACCAGCUGGCGUCCGAUCGAUGCGUCACGCGCGCCAAUUUCAAAUCUUUUUCCGGUAAAAAUGUGUUACAAGUAUAACGACACGCUUUACGUAAGUGUAUAGGGAGUAAAAUAUUUUUAGAGACUACAAACAUCCGAGACAGGCCGUCAUUUCUGUAUGUGCUGCUUAUAGUUGCGAUACUGUAGACAGCCGGUGUUUGGACUAAAUUUCGAUGUUAUUUGUUGUAUAAAAAAUGUCUAAAAUCGGUGGACCGGUCGUCGAGGGGCGAGGCCUCUGAAUUGGGUGAUUGGAAAUGAAUUCAUUAAAAAAUCAACACUUAACUGUAGUGCCUGAAUGAAACGUAUCGUUAUAACAGAGUAUAUAUUAUUAUUUUUGUGUGCUCCCACCCUUGUAAGAUAAUUCGUUUCGUCUCGUAGGAUAAUUUGAUGUUUUACGAGUGGGGAUUCCCCCGUUUAUUGGCGCCAAAUUGUGUGACAUUGCAACAUUAAGUUUGAUUUAUAUUUUAUAUGAAAAUGUUGCUAAUAACUGGAUGUUUAAUGUAAAACUUCAGUCAAUGUUGUUAAACAACAUGGUUUCAUGUAUGUAAAUAUAUGUUAGAGCUUAGACGAUUCAAGUACAGUGUAGAAAGUAUUACUUAGACAUUAAUAAACGUAUUUAAUUUA